AUGGAUGUUAACUACAACAUAUCCGAAUUUUACCUCCAUCGGACAAGUGUAGCCUAUCCAACUGAUCUAACAAUUGAUGCUGGCUCUGGAAGAAUGCAACAAUUUUUGGCGUCGUUGCCGGGGAACUGGCACGGUUGCUUAUCUGUUUUGUUUGAGAACACUCUGCUUAUGUCCCUUUUUGAUUUGGAUAUUUCCUUAGAUUGCACAAUAGAAGAUAUCCAAGCUCAAGCUUUGAGAGAAAGGAAGAUCCGACUAGCUGUGUCUACUCCAUUGCCUAUUUCAUUCUCACCGUUUUCAUCAUCACCAAGCUCACCAAAGGACGAGUCACCUCCACCUUCACCAAUGGCGGCCGCAGUUGUUAAUGCGGAACUUACUAUGCAAGAAUACUCUUCACCGCCAACAACUGGACAACCAUCUUGCAUAGUAUAUCCGGCAACCACUUUGGAAAACUUUGAGUUGAGAUCGGGCAUGAUACACAUAUUGCCUAAGUUCCUUGGAAAUCUAGGAGAAAAUCCUAAUGCACAUAUCCUAGACUUCGAGGAAGUGUGUUCCACAAUAAAGAUCGAAGGCAUGAGUAGUGAAGAGAUAAGAGUGAGACUUUUCUCGUUUAGUUUGAAGGAUACAGCAAAGGAAUGGCUUCACUCUCUACCUCCAAAUUCCAUCACAACGUGGACAGACCUUGCUGCAAAGUUCUUGCAACAUUUUUUCCCAGCACAAAGGACAAAUGAACUCCGAAGUCAGAUUAAAGGAAUUUUGCAAAGGCCGGGAGAAAAUUUCCAGGAUUAUUGGGAACGUUUCAAGAAACUUCUAAUCACUUGUCCGCAUCAUAACGUACAAGCUUGGCUCCUAAUGCAACACUUCUAUGAAGGACUUUUUGAAGCGGAUCAAAAUAAUGUGAAUGCAGCUGCAAGAGAAACUAUAAUGACCAAGACUCCAACACAAGUGCGAGCGAUAUUUGAUCUUGUUGCUGCAAACGCUCGCCAAUAUAACUCCAGGCAAAAACCAGUCAGAAAAGGGGAAUCCUAUGAUGUAAGUACCCUUUCUAGUAUGGAAGCUCAGAUAGCAAACCUAACCAACAUGGUGAAGAAAUUGGCACCAGGAUCAUCCAAGGUUUGUGCAUUUUGCUCCACAACUGGUCAUGGCACUGAAGAUUGUCCCUUGGCAAUGGAGGAAGCGAAUGUAGUGGGCUCAUUUCAGAGAAAUCAGUGGCCUAAGAAUGAUCCUUUCUCACAAACAUACAUUCCGGGGUGGAGAAAUCAUCCGAAUUUCAGGUGGAGUGACAAUUCGAAUGUUCAACAAGGGCCAUCUCAACCACAUCAAGGCCAACAACAUACUCGCCCACCUCAUGGUCAACUGCACUAUUACAAUCCACCGCCACCUAACCAAUCAAGCUCAAAUCAAUCUCACCCACAAUCUACAGGAAAAUCUUUGGAAGAAAUUGUUGCUUCAAUGGCUAGAAACACAGAUAGUUUCAUCAGUGAGACAAAAAGCUACAUACAGAGGAAUGACACCCACAUGCAAAAAACGGAUAAGGCCAUAGCCAAUCUAGAAAAUCAAGUGGGGCAAAUUGCUACAGCUUUGAGUCAAAGGGAACCUGGUAUGAUGCCUAGCCAACCAGAGAUUAAUCCAACUGGGCGUGAGCAUGUUCAAGCAGUUACCUUGAGAACUGGUAAGGUAAUUGGUGAAAUUGAUGGUUCUAAAAAUUUGAUUCAAAAUGAUGAUGAGAUGCAGGUUGAGCAAGUGAUUAUGCCUAAUGAAAAGGAUGAAAUCAACAAAGAGAAAGAUAAACAAGCAGCUUCUUCAUCCGAGUGGAUCCCAAAGCAUGAACUUGCAAGAAGGGCAAGAAAGGAGAAGGUAAGUCGUGAACCUACUGAUGAAGAUAUCUUACGUGCUCCUUUUCCUCACAGGCUUAUGAAAAUCUUACGUGCUCCUUUUCCUCACAGGCUUAUGAGUUCCAAAAAAAUUCAACAUGCCAAGGACAUAUUGGAAACCUUCAGAAAAGUGCAAGUCAACAUUCCUCUCCUGGAUGCAAUCAAGCAAAUUCCAAGUUAUGGAAAGUUCUUGAAGGACCUUUGUACCAACAAGAGGAGAUUCCAAGAUCAUGAAACGGUUGCACUAACGGAAGAAGCUUCUGCUGUUUUGCAAAGGAAGCUCCCUCCCAAAUUAAAAGAUCCAGGAACUUUUACAAUUCCUUGCAUUAUUGGUGAUAAAUUGUUUGAAAAAGCUUUACUUGAUUUAGGUGCUUCAAUUAAUCUAAUGCCUUAUUCUGUUUUUGAAGCCCUUAACUUAGGUGAUCUUAAACCAACUUCUAUCAGCAUUCAAUUGGCAGACCGAUCAGUGAGAUAUCCAAGAGGAAUCUUGGAAGAUGUACUUGUGAAAGGAAAUGAUCUCAUUUUACCAGCUGACUUUUUGGUGCUAGAAAUGGAAGAAGCUCCUAUUCCGGGUGCGGAUCUUCCAUUGAUUCUUGGCCGCCCUUUCAUGGCCACUGCAGAUACUAGGAUCAAUGUUCGACAAGGAACAUUGACAAUGACAAUUCAAGGGGAAACAAUAAUGUUCAAUGUAUAUGAUGCCUUCAAACUCCCUAAUUAUGAACAUGAAUGUUUUCGUAUUGAUACAUUGUGUCAAAUUGUGCAAAAUACCUUCAAUAGUACUCAUGGUACAGAUUCAUUAGAAAAGGUGUUGACACAAAAUCCUCAAGUUGCUGAAAUUGAUGACGAUGAGUUACAUGAGGCUGUGCAAUUCCUUGAUGCAUGUCCAGCCAUACCACGUAAGUACACUCCGAAUUUUAUACCUUUGCCAGUCAAUACUGAAAAGCUUGUUCCUUCUCUUGACAGGGCACCUGAGUUAGAGCUCAAACUAUUGUCAUCCCACUUGAAGUAUGUUUAUUUAGGUGAAACAGAGACAUUGCCCGUGAUUAUAGCUAGCAAUCUCAAUGUGGAAAAUGAAGAUAAGUUGAUGCGGGUGUUAAGAGAACACAAGGGAGCAAUUGGUUGGAGUAUUGCGGACAUCAAGGGAAUAAGCCCAACAAGAUGCAUGCACAUAAUUUUAUUGGAAAAUGAUUCCAAACCCACAAAAGAUGCUCAACGCGAGUUAAAUCCAAUCAUGACAGAGGUAGUCCGAAAAGAAAUUUUGAAGCUAUUGGAUGUGGGUAUAAUUUAUCCUAUUUCCGAUAGCAAGUGGGUAAGCCCGGUCCAAGUGGUUCCUAAAAAGUCAGGAAUAACUGUUGUAAGAAAUGAGGAAAAUGAACUUAUUCCUUCUCGUGUCAAAAUGGGAUGGCGUGUUUGCAUUGAUUAUAGAAAAUUAAAUACCGCCACCCGUAAAGAUCAUUUUCCAUUACCAUUUAUUGACCAAAUGCUUGAACGACUUGUAGGUCACAGUUACUACUGCUUCUUGGAUGGCUAUUCAGGAUACAACCAAAUUGUCAUCGCUCCUGAAGACCAACACAAGACGACAUUCACAUGUCCUUAUGGUACCUUCGCCUACCGGCGUAUGCCAUUUGGAUUGUCUUUUCAAAAGCUCAAAACUCUUCUCACAACUGCACCUAUCAUUAUGCCUCCAAAUUGGAAUUUACCUUUUGAAUUAAUGUGUGAUGCAUCUGAUUUUGCAGUUGGAGCUUCGGAGAAUGUGGUAGCUGACCACCUUAGCCGAUUGAUCACUAACUCCAAUACCGAAGAAGAUACUCUUCCUCUUCGUGAAUCCUUUCCUGAUGAGCAACUUUUUGCAUUGCAAGUUUCUGACCCAUGGUAUGCUGACAUUAUCAAUUUUCUUGCUACAGGAAAUAUACCCAAGGACUUAUCAAGAGGGCAAAAGGACAAAUUAUUGAAAACCACCAAGUCCUAUGUGUGGGAUGACCCAUAUUUGUGGAAGUAUUGUUCGGACUCCGUGAUUAGGCGAUGUGUUCCCGAGACCGAAUUUCAGUCUAUACUCACAUUCUGUCACUCGGACGCAUGUGGUGGCCACUUUGGAGCCAAGAAGACAGCAUUAAAAGUUUUGCAAAGUGGAUUCUAUUGGCCAAGCUUGUUCAAAGAUGCCUCAAGAUUCUGUCUAUCUUGUGAUAGGUGUCAACGAAUGGGAAACAUUUCAUCUCGAAAUCAAAUGCCUUUAAAUCCAAUUCUAAUUGUUGAAAUAUUUGAUGUAUGGUGAAUAGAUUUUAUGGGACCAUUUCCUUCAUCUUUUGGAAAUCUAUUUAUUCUACUUGCGGUUGAUUAUGUUUCAAAAUGGGUGGAAGCAAUUCCAACCAAGUCUAAUGAUUCAAAAGUUGUUCUUAGCUUUCUUCGAGCCAAUAUAUUUUCUAGGUUUGGAACGCUGAGGGCCAUCAUUAGUGAUGGAGGAUCCCAUUUUUGCAACCGAUCAUUUGAGACCCUACUCAAGAAGUAUGGCAUAACUCACAAGGUGUCCACCCCGUAUCAUCCUCAAACCAGUGGACAAGUGGAGAUUUCCAACAGAGAGGUGAAGCAUAUAUUAGAGAAGACUGUUGGUCCUACUCGAAAGGAUUGGUCUAUGCGCCUUAACGAUGCUCUCUGGGCCUACCGAACUGCUUACAAGACUCCAAUUGGUAUGUCUCCAUUUCGCUUAAUCUUUGGUAAACCUUGUCAUCUACCUGUCGAACUUGAACACAGGGCCCUUUGGGCAAUUAAGAAGUAUAACUUCAACAUGAAGGAAGCAGGAGAUCACAGAAGGUUACAACUGAGCGAACUGGACGAGCUUCGAAAUGAUGCUUAUGAGAAUGCCAAAAUUUACAAAGAAAAAACAAAGGCGUUUCAUGAUAAGCAUAUCAUUAGAAAGUCGUUUGAAGUAGGGCAAAGAGUAUUACUCUUUAACUCUAGGUUCAAACUCUUUCCAGGUAAGCUUCGUUCCCAUUGGACUGGCCCAUUUGUCAUUACUAAUGUCUAUCCUUAUGGUGCAGUUGAAAUCCGACCAAUUGGCAUGGGAAAGGAAUUCAAGGUUAAUGGGCAUAGGUUGAAAAUCUACCAUGAAAAUGCUUUGCAUCAAGAACAUGAAGUACUCCACUUCAUUGAUGUACCUGCUGUGGUGCAAAACUAA